AUGGAGCCUCAGCAUGAACCCUCUAUUCAGAGGCUUGUAUGCCCAGACCUUCCCGUUCGUUCAGCCUUGGGCCAAUCUUUGCGUCAGGAAGGAUACGGCGCUGACGGAGACUUCGUGGACAAAGAUGAAGCUUUAGCUUGGGCAAUAAAGAUGGAAAAAAUCGAACUGGUUCAGGCCAUUGUUGAAGAUGGAGUCAACAUUAACCUCGGGAAAGGUCAAUACCAAAACGCCCCUCUACAUGUCGCCACUGACGCUGGGUCCUGCGAGAUAAUCUCUAUUCUCAAGGAUGCAAAUGCCGACCUAGAGGGCAGAAACGUGAACGGAUUUACACCUCUCCAUCUUGCAGCACAAUCUGGGAGAUUUGAAGUAGCCAAGUUGCUUUGUGAUCUUGGAGCUGAUACAAAGUGUCGCUGUUAUAGUGGGGGUACUCCCAUCCACUACGCCGCAAGGAGAGGACACUAUGAGAUCAUCCAAUUAUUAGCUGAUAGGAACAUCGAGGUUGAUAUUUGUGAUGAUAAUUGGAUGACGCCUCUCUCACUCGCAAGCGCGUAUGGGAAGAUUAUAGCUGUGCAUCUUCUAGUUAAGCUAGGAGCUGAUGUCAACCUCGAGGACAAAAAUGGCCACACAGCUUUGGACCACGCGGCCAGCAAUGACCAUACCUCGAUAGUGAAAUAUCUCAUCGAAGAGGGUGCUAUACCCGAGACCAGUCAGGAAGAUGAAUGCGGUGACCCAGUUUACGGUGACCAGCUCAUGUCGGCGGCCCGAAAUGGUCGUGUUCCAGAGAUGCUCCGAUUAAUUGAAGCCGGAGCGAAUGUCAAUGGACCAAACAGAGAGGCAGUGCCACUGAUACAUGCCGCUCGAAAAAACGAACAUGGCGCGGUACAAGCAUUGCUCGAAGCCGGUGCUGAGGUUGACAUGGUUAACCAACACGGAGAAACAGCUCUAUGCAUUGCCGCGUCCAACGGCAACAAAGCCAUAAUCGAUCUGCUUUGCAAGCAUCAUGCCAAUAUUGAGCACCAAGGUUGGGUGAACAUGACGCCACUUAGUUGCGCGAUUGAGAGAGGACAUGCAGAUGCCGUGGAACUUCUUUUGGAUCGAGGCGCCGAGAUAGAUGGCAUUUCAGUCAGCCCAUUAGCAGUCGCAGCCCUAUCAGGACUUGCACCCAUUAUUGAAAUUCUUGUUGCCAAGGGCGCAAAAGUCAGGACGGUUGACCAAGAAGGGCUCACCCCUUUGCUUUAUGCUGUGAGCCAAGGCAGUUGGAGUGCCGUCGAGACUCUUCUGAAGAACGGAGCUGGAUGCGAUUUUGUACCAAAUUCUAAAUGCUCCCCGAUGCUCGAAGCUAUCGACGCAGGAGAAGCAGCAAUGGUAGAACUGUUGGCCAAGUAUGGUGCAGACAUCGACCACCUAGAGGAAACUGACCGGACCCCUCUGAUUGUCGCAGCUCAGUCAGGCAAGAAUAUGGUACUUCAGUCUCUUAUUGAUAUGGGUGCCGAUCUGGAUGGAAAAGACGACACGGGUCGCACAGCGUUGUCAUAUGCUAAGGAAAAUGGCCAACAAUCUACCGUCAAACUUUUGCUCCAGGCUCAGGCAUUACGCCGUGAUGGCCAGUACGUCAAAAAAGCAGAGGAACAGCGAAAAGAUCCCAAGACAACCUUCAAGUAUCGUCCACUUAACAAAGGAUUUAUUAGGUUACUAGAGCUUCAACCAGGGCAAAGAGGAUCUAUCCUUUGCUUUUCACUAACUCACGUAGUACUCGUUGGCUAG